CAAGCAUUCUGUUUGGAAAACACAUUCAGAAAGAAUCAAACCAAGAGCCAUGAAGGUGUUUGUGGUACUGGUGCUGGCUGUUUUCACAGUCUGCCAAGCCAACCUGUUCUAUGCUGAUGAACCCAAAACACAGCUGGAGCAAGUGACUGAUGCAUUCUGGGACUAUGUUGGGCAGGCAACCCACACUACCGAAGACAUUCUGAAAAAGAUUAGAGAGUCUCAACUGGGACAGGACGUCAAUGCUAGAAUUACCGAUGGUGCCAACAUGGCCAGUCAGUAUGCACACAUCCUCCAGAACAGAAUGAACCCCCUGGCCCAGGACAUCAUGGCCAAAAUCACCCAGGAGGCUGAAGUUCUGAAGGAGCGCCUUGAGCAGGACCUGUCCACCAUGAAGGGCAAACUGGAGCCCUAUUCUGAGGAUCUCAAGACCCAGAUUCAGCAGAAAGUGGAAGAUCUGAGGGCAGCUGUGGCCCCCUACGCUGACUCCCUCGACUCUCAAGCCAUGAAGGCCAUCAUUCUUCAGAAGACAGAGGAGCUCAGGGCAAGCCUGGGAGAGAGAGUAAAGGAACUGCAGUCCCAGCUUGAGCCCUACGCCGAAGAGCUGAGACAGAAAGUCGAUCAGCACCUGCAGGACUUCGAGAACACCGUGGCCCCUCUAACUGACGAUCUUCAGGCCAAGGCUGCUGAGAGAGCUGCCAUGGUUCAGCAGAGUCUGGCUCCCUAUGCUGAGGAAUUGAAAGAGAAACUGGAUCCCUAUGCUCAGAACCUGAAGGACCAGCUCAUGUCCCUGUAUGAGUCCUUCACCAAGACCAACUAAAUCUUCUAAAGGAAACUUUUUACACACUGGACUGUUUUUUCCCCCAUCCAAUGUUAAACAAUUUCUCAUCAGUUUAAACCAUAUUGAACUAAGUGUGUAAAAUUGCACUAAAAUCAGUUAUGGAAAUAUUGCAUUUUUAUUCAGUGUUUUCCAUUUCUUGUAUUUAUUCUAGAAGAUAAAAGUUUCAUCCACAAUAAAACAGUUUCUCCCAA